CAUUCUGUGUCUUCCGCAGGGAGCCUUACCGUGUUGACCGCAUGCAGUUGGUCAGAGCCGAAAUGACACGCCAGAGAAUUAGUUGCGUGGCAAUAUCCCGUCACACGACCAUUCAGUGUUUAACUAUUACAAUUUUUGUGGAAACUGCCCACCGACUCACAGAGGUAUGCUGAGCCUCCAUCAACACUUUCCAUCUGUCCUCUCCUCCCGUUCCAGGAGGAAGAGGGUUAACGACGAAACAGAAUCCAGAGAGAGGAACAGAGGAGCAUUUUGAGCAGUCUGCGGCGCAGCAGAAUUGCGGAGGGGAGGCAGGUGCGACAGGAGAUCGUCAUCCUUCUCUGGACGUCGCUUAUUCUUACUCCCAUCGCCACUCAACCAAUGCCCAAAUCGAACCGUGGACCGGGUUGACUGCGUUUUCUUUUCAAUAUUGUUUAGAUAAUUUGCACCGAGAAACAGCUGGAGGUAGAUAUCUCUUCCCACAGAUAGCUGUAAACAUGUAAAUGUAAUAAAUAACUUAACUAGACUGGAAACAAUAGAUUGUUUACAUGCGUCCAUAAAUUGAUAUAUACCAUUCCUGUGUGUUACGGCCCUGGAUAUAAUUGGUGGGGAAAGACGGAUCAAUUUCUCCAAGAACAAGUGCGAAGGCAGCUUUUCUGCAGGGAAUGGGACAGAGGGAAGAAUCAAUACCAUACAGUGUACGCACAAGAACUGAAAAGCCUACAUUUUUCAUAUUGUGAUUUAUCUACGUGAUUAAGUGUGACUUUCAGGGGUACUGGCCCUUCAUUUAUGGACACAUGAAAGGAAAAAAAUACUUUUCUGUUUUGACACGAGGGACAUGAGAGAAUUGCUAAGGUUUCAAUGAGGAACUGUGCAAUUGAAGACACGAGGAAAGGAGGGGAGAAGUGGGACCUUUCCAACUUUCCUGUCGACACAACUUAUGAUGUGUGAGUGACAGGGAAAGGCGCAUUUAAACUGUUAAAAGAGACCCUUAAGAGCUAUUGUGUUUGAAAACAGAGGAAGGCAUUGAGAAAAGCAAUGGAUGGCGUUCGAGAGGACCGCUAUUACAGUGUGUGAGAGGCAGAUGAGGCUGAGCGAAUGAAUCAGCUAAUUAAUGCCUUGCUGACGAACCGAGAGGAAUAGAGGAGGGGAGAGCGAGAGGCGUCGAGAAGAAAAAACACUGCGGAGUUAACAGCUGCAGCGUGGUGCAAAAAGAGCUGUGCGGUGUAUGUGCUGUUGGGAAAGUGGACGAUGAAAUGAAAUAGCCUUUCUCUUAAGACAGCCUGAAGGACGCAGCAAAUAGUUAUAUAUGGGGUGAAAGGGGGACGUGUUUCUGAAAUAAUGGAAGUGGGCGAGAGUGCGUGUAAGAGUGGGACAAGUUCCGUACGUUAAAACCCCUGUAACUAUGUACAGACUCAGCCUGAUUAUAACUAGGAAUUCUUUACGAGUCUUUUGUUUUCCUCCAACCCCUCCUCUUCCUUUUUUGGAACCCAUUUUCGCUGUGGAAUCGCUGUAAUGAGACUGCCUUUGGACAUUUUCUUCGUGUGGAGGGAUUCAUUUGUUAACACUUGAUAGGCAAACGUGGGAAAUUUUAGGUAAACUGGAAACACAGUCGCUGCUGAAAAUCAGUUUCACUAACACAAAACAUCCUUCAUCCUAUCCUUACCUCUUUAAUGUGAACACAGAGGUGUUAUGCCGUUGUUGAACACAUAGAUGUUAUUAAGUAAUUUGAUUUCUGUUUUUGUUCGUCACUCCCAAAUGUCCCUUUUUCCUGGUGACCACAAUAAAGCACGCGAAAGAUAAAUUUUAUGUCAGAGGUCAAACGAACAGGCGCGUUUUAGCUUCAGAUUGUAUUUUCCCGUUUAUAAGUCAGUACUCACUCAAAGAAGGAUACAGACAAUGUGGCAGGUGGUGGAAUGGAGGGUAAACAUUUAUGGACCUAGAUUUUUGGGAGCAGGAAAGGGAAGCUUGGAGGGGUAGUACCUUUCUCUCACUCCUUCUCGUCCUGCUUUAUGAGCGAAUGGCAGGAGGGAUGAUUUCUUCACUGACUGAACCACAAAAACAUUUAAGCUCCCCAGUCCUCUAUUCCUCAUGACCAGUUUCCUCCGAAUCGUUUCAUCCUCAUGCCUAUGAAGAUGGAGAACUGGUAAACACUGACAGUUAAGACUUUUAAGACUGCAUUCUCCUCCAGCUUCUGACCUGUCGCCUCCCUCUCUGGACCUUAGUUUCGUGGAUCUAGCAGAGGAGGCCUUCUCCUUAUCUUUGAAUGCUGGCCCAUUAAUUGAGUUGUGUGGAUUGUGACCCAAACAAUCACAUUGAUUCUGAGAACACCGCCUGCAAUAGCUGGAUAGCGGUCACACCGACUGAAAUCCCAAGGCAGGGUAAAGCAAGAAAAAUCACAGCUUCAGCCUCCUCCGGCCCUUAUCCCACAAUUCUUCUCCCCCCCACUUUUUAGUGGGGGGGGGAGGGAUCAAGAACUGUGGGCGGGGGUUCUGCAUUCUUACAGUUGUAGCUAUCAGUUAUCAGGCCCUUGACCAUGGAAGCUGGUCAGGGCAGCCCGGAGAGCCCGAACCGGGCUGUCGAGUACCUCCUGGAGCUCAACAACAUUAUCGAGAGCCAGCAGAAGCUCCUGGAGACCCAGAGACGGCGCAUCGAGGAGCUGGAGGUCCAGCUGGACCGCGUCAGCCAGGAGAACAAGGACCUGCGCUUAGACCGGCAUUCCCGCACCUCCGAGCCCGGUGGGCCCGCCCUCCAGAACCAGCCCAGCCCCUCUGUGUCCGUUCAGCCCGCCAAUUCCCACAACAGCACCACCAGCCCCACCCCUCCUCCCCCCCCUCCUGUCCCGGCCCGGGAGCGGCGCACCCACACCAGACUGACCCGCGGGCUCUCCUGCGGCUCCACCCCCACUGAGAGGGAGAGGCUGGACCGAUCCGAUGGCUCCAGCACCAGUCCAGCCACCACCCUUCAGAGACAGCCAGAUGGGAACUCCUGUAAUAAACCCAGCGUGGAGGGGGAGACCCAGAGUGUGGAGACAGGCAGUUUCUCAGACAGCCCGUGCAGCCAGGCCCCGUAUCUGCGUGGCUCAGACCGUUACGGAGACAGCAGCUUGCCCCCGGGUCCCCGGGGGCCUACUGUGGCCCCCCCUAGCCCUGCCAGCCUGGCCUGGGCCCAGCGGACGCGCCACCAGCCCGCCAGCCUGGCACUCCGCAAGCAGGAAGAGGAGGACAACAAGAGGUGCAAGGCCCUGUCCGACAGCUAUGAGCUCUCCACCGACCUACAGGACAAGAAGGUGGAGAUGCUGGAGAGGAAGUAUGGGGGCUACUUCCUGAGCCGCCGGGCAGCGCGCACCAUCCAGACGGCCUUUCGGCAGUACCGCAUGAACAAGAACUUCGAGCGCCUGCGCAGCUCGGCGUCCGAGAGCCGCAUGUCGCGGCGCAUCAUCCUGUCCAACAUGCGCAUGCAGUACUCCUUCGACGACCGGCAGCCGCAGGCGCAGCAGCACUUUGGGCCGGGCUCGGUCGCGGGCAUGGGGACGCCUCAGCCGGGGCUCCCGCACUCGCCCUCCCACAACCCCGAGCCCCUGCAGGGCGACCGCGCCGGCGACUACACCCACCUGGAGGACUCCUUCUCCAAACAAGUGAAGUCCCUGGCGGAUUCCAUUGAUGACGCCCUGACGUGCCGGCCAGGGCGGGACGACUCUCAGGAAGGCAGCGGGGAAGGCGGCGGGAUAGGAGGGGCGGGGGAUGGCGACGACUUCGGCGAGUGCGUCUGGAGCAACAGCAGCAACCCGUCGUCCCGCCGCGGGCUGGUCGACCGGGAGAGGGGAGGGGGAGGGGGCCUGAGCAUGCACGAGGACAGCACGGCCACCUCCUACAGCGACGUCACCCUCUACAUGGACGACGGGCUCCCCUCGUCCCCCCUCUCCCUGGACCGCGCCCCCAGCAGCACUGACACGGAGUACUGGGGCAUGGGGGGCGGGGUCGGCGGGCGGGAAGACAGCCGGGACACGGAGGGGGGCGGGAGCAACAACAGCCGCCGCAGCACGCCCUGCACCGAGUGCCGGGACUACAGGCUGCGCGGGGCCCACCUGCCCCUGCUCACCAUCGAGCCGCCCAGCGACAGCUCGGUGGACAUGAGCGACCGCUCCGACCGCGGCUCGCUCAGCAGGCAGCUCAUCUACGAGCAGGAGCCCGGCGGGGGCGGGGGGUCGCCCCAGGGCACCCUCAAACACAACCCCAACGCCCGCGUCUCCUCCACGGCCCAGGGCCAGACCCGCACGCCCUGCCGGCCCCUCCCCUCCCCGAUACCUGCCCACCUCCCCCACCACGCCGCCCACCACCACCACCACCACCACCACCCGCACCACCACCACCAGUACCCGGACACGCCCUCCUCGUCCUCGUCCCCCCAGCAGCAGCCGCCCACCACGCCGCUCUCGUCCUCGUCCUCCGCCCCCCUGCCCCCCGGCAGCCUGGAGCAGCCCUGCUGCUCCGACGGCGACAACGACUCGCUCAACUCCACCACCAACUCCAACGAGACCAUCAACUGCAGCUCGGGCUCGUCGUCGCGCGACAGCCUCCGCGAGCCGCUGCCCCCGCUGGGCAAGCAGACCUACCAGCGCGAGAGCCGCCACAGCUGGGACUCGCCCGCGUUCAACAACGACGUGGUGCAGAGGAGGCAGUACCGCAUCGGCCUCAACCUCUUCAACAAGAAGCCAGAGAAGGGGAUCCAGUACCUGAUCGAGCGGGGCUUUGUGUCGGACACCCCGGUGGGCAUUGCCCGCUUUAUCCUGGAGAGGAAGGGCUUGAGCCGGCAGAUGAUCGGGGAGUUCCUGGGCAACCGGCAGAAGCAGUUCAACAAGGACGUGCUGGACUGUGUGGUGGAUGAGAUGGACUUCUCAGGGAUGGACCUGGACGACGCUCUGAGGAAAUUCCAGGCCCAGAUCAGAGUGCAAGGGGAGGCCCAAAAGGUGGAGAGACUCAUCGAGGCGUUCAGCCAGAGGUACUGCGUGUGCAACCCCGCGCUGGUGCGCCAGUUCCAGAACCCGGACACCAUCUUCAUACUGGCGUUCGCCAUCAUCCUCCUCAACACGGACAUGUACAGCCCCAACGUGAAGCCCGAAAGGAAGAUGAAGCUCGAGGACUUCAUCAAGAACCUGCGAGGAGUGGACAACGGGCAGGACAUUCCCCGGGACCUGCUGGUGGGGAUCUACCAGCGCAUCCAGAAGUGGGAGCUGAGGACCAACGACGACCACGUGUCGCAGGUGCAGGCUGUGGAGAGGGUCAUCGUAGGCAAGAAGCCGGUCCUGUCCCUGCCCCACCGCCGGCUGGUGUGCUGCUGCCAGCUGUACGAGGUGCCCGACCCCAACCGGCCCCAGCGGAGCGGCGUGCACCAGAGGGAGGUCUUCCUGUUCAACGACCUGCUGGUGGUGACGAAGAUCUUCCAGAAGAAGAAGACCUCAGUGACCUACAGCUUCAGGCAGUCUUUCCCUUUGGUCGAGAUGCAGGUUCACAUGUUCCAGAACUCCUACUACCCGCACGGCAUCCGCCUGACGUCGGCCAUCCCGGGAGGCGAGAGGAAGGUGCUGAUCGUCUUCACCGCCCCCAGCCAGCAGGACCGCACCCGCUUCACCAGCGACCUGCGGGAGAGCAUCGCCGAGGUGCAGGAGAUGGAGAAGUACAGAGUGGAGUCCGAGCUUGAGAAGCAGAAGGGAGUGAUGCGGCCCAGCCUCCUGAGCGGAGGAGUGGUGGGCGGCGGCGGCGGAGGCGGAGGCGUGAAGAACGAGGUGGUGAACGGGACUCUGGGAAGGCCCAGCCUGGACGACAGCUACUCGGGCGGGGAGGGCCUCAAGCGCACGGCGCUCAGCUCAUCACUAAGGGACCUUUCUGAGACAGGGAAACGAGGUCGCAGAAACAGCGUGGGGUCCCUGGACAGUACCAUUGAAGGAUCCAUCAUUAGCAGCCCGAGGCCCCACCAGCGGCUCCCGAUGGCCGGGGUGGUGCCCGGCUGCUACGGCUUAGAAGAUUACCGGCCUCACCGCCCCAUCCUGAGCCCCGGAGUGGGGGUGGGGGGUGGGCCGGGGCAACAACACAGCGCUGCUGGGACAGUCGGAGUGGGCGGGGGUGGGGGAGUCUCCAGCAGCGGCGAGAGGGGUGGGAUGGGGAGCGGGAGCGGGAGUGGGGGGAGCGGCAGUGGCUCCUUCCUGGGCUCUCUCUUCGGCAGCAAACGCUCCAAGCCCCCGGGACCUAUUAUCCCCCCGGGGCCACACUACCCCGCCCCUGUGCCCCCACCCACCACGGGAGGCCCGCCCCCACACUCCCCUUCCUCUCUGUGCCAGUCAGAAGGAGGGGGACCGUCCAAGAUCCAGGCCCUGCACGCCCAGUACUGCCACACCAGUGGCGGGCAGCCGCCGCCUCCGUACCACCACCACCAUCGCUACCACGUGCAGACCGUGCCCCCCCCCAGCCAGCCGUCUUCCGCGCCGGCCCCCACCCACCACACCCUGCAGCGCGGCUCGCUGCCCAAGCGGCCGCCUCCCGCUCCCUCCCACGCCCAGCUGCAGCAGAUGUCCCAGCUGCAGCAGCUUUCCCAGCAUGGUAUGCAGGGUCGCUAUGCCAACAUGGGUAUGGGCUGCCCGCCUCCCCCCCUUUCUCCUCUCUCCCCGCACUCUCCGCUCCCGCAGUACACGCUGUACCACGCGCAGCCCACACACUCCGCCAAGGUGAGCGUCGGCGGUGGCAAGCUGCCGCUGACGCUGGCGCACUCCCACCCUCACGCACACUCCCACCCUCACUCGCACACGCACCCCGGCCACGCCCACAGCCCGCACCCUUCCUCCGCCCAUCAGCCUCACUUCGUCUUCGCCGCGACGCCCCAGCCUCCCUCCGCUUCCGUCACUGCCCGCCACCUGCCCCAGGGCGCCCAGUAUCUGCCCCAGUACCCUCCUCUGUCCUCUAUCCCCCCUCCCCCCCCCCACUCCCCUUUACCCCCCCCUUCCUCCCCCCUUACCCCUCUUACGCCUCUCUCCCCACACCCCCCCCAGCACCCAGGUCAGCCGCAGCAGGCGGGGCAGCAGGGGGGACAGGGGGGCGGACCCGGGAGCACCGGCACGGCGGGCAGCUCCAAGUCCAAGCCUAUCAACCGAAUCAGUACUGUGGUCUGAGAGGAAUGUGGGGGUGGGGCCGCCGGGGCCGGGGGGCGGC